AUGACAUCGGCCACGCAGAAGAGAGACCAUGCUGGUCAUUCCCACCACCAUCACCACGACAAUACCUUCCUACUGUCCAAGAACAAGAAUGACGCCGGCGUGCGCAUCACCAAGAUUGGCCUGUACGUCAACUUGGGCAUGGCAGUCAGCAAGGGUUUUGGAGGCUACGUCUUCAACAGCCAAGCACUCAUUGCCGAUGCCAUCCACAGUCUCACCGACCUCGUGAGCGACAUCAUGACGCUCGCGACCGUCGGCUGGUCCCUCAAGCCACCCACUGACCGCUUCCCCAGCGGAUACGGAAAGGUCGAGAGCUUGGGUUCGCUCGGUGUCAGUGGUAUACUGCUUGCAGGAGGCUUCUUCAUGGGCUGGACCGCUCUACUUGCCCUUUGCAAGCAAUUCUUCCCUGAAGCCGCUGAGAUGGCUGAGCAAUGGGGACUUAUACCGCAUCACCACCAUCACGGCAUCGAGGACCUGGGCCCCAACAUCAAUGCCAUCUGGCUUGCAGCCGGCUCAAUCGUCAUCAAGGAGUGGCUAUACCGAGCGACUCUCAAGGUCGCCAAAGAACGCAAAUCCACCGUCCUCGCUUCCAACGCCUACCACCACCGCGUAGACUCCCUUACCGCCUUCGUCGCUCUCCUCCUCAUCGCCGGCUCCAACAUCCUCAACAACGCAAAAUGGCUAGACCCCGUUGGUGGAUUGGUCAUCUCGCUCAUGGUCGUCCAAGCGGGCUGGGGGAACACUAAGCAGGCGCUAUUGGAACUGGCAGACGUCGGCGUAGACAAGGAGAUGAAGGAUAACGUGCGGAAAGCCGCAACCAGCGCUGUCGAGGGCAUCACCACGGCAUCGGAGCCCGUGAAUGUGCGCGCGAUUCAGGGUGUCAAAGCCGGUCAAAACUAUCUGAUGGAUGUUGAAAUUGGCGUAUCCAGCACCUGGACCAUUGAUCAGACACGCGACGUCGAAAACACAAUCCGGGAGCGUAUCGGUGCCAAAGUGCGCGGAGUAAAGAAGGUGCGCGUGCGCUUCGUAGCCAACUCAGCGGAAGCACCAGACUUUCUUGACGAGUUCAUCCCUGGUGACCCUACUGCGACAUCGAGCUCCGCAUCUGAAGCAGAACAUGAUCACGACCACGACCACGAUCACGACCACGAUCACGACCAUAAACACGAACCCACCGAUGCCAACGCAAGGCGAAGAAAGUGA